AUGGAAGGGACCGACGGCGACGGCAAUGGUGUGUGCUUCCCCUACGACGUGCUACUCGACAUCCUCCGCCGCCUCCCCCGCCGCGACGUCGCCAAGUCCCGCUGCGUCUGCCGUGUGUGGCGCGCCCUCCUCGACGCCCACAAGCCCCUCCCUCUAAUGGUGUUCUUUGACGUGACCAUCGGCGGCACCCCCGCAGGCCGCAUCGUGAUGGAGCUCUUUGCCAAGGACGUGCCCAAGACGGCGGAGAACUUCCGCGCGCUCUGCACCGGCGAGAAGGCCGUCGGCAGGAGCGGCAAGCCGCUGCACUAUAAGGGCAGCGCGUUCCACCGCGUCAUCCCCGACUUCGUGAUCCAGGGCGGGGACUUCACCAGGGGCAACGGCACCGGCGGCGAGUCCAUCUACGGCGGCAAGUUCCCCGACGAGAAUUUCAUCCGCAAGCACAUCAAGCCCGGGAUGGUCUCCAUGGCCAACGCGGGCCCCGACACCAACGGCUCUAAUUUCUUCAUCUGCACCGUCCCCUGCGCGUUGCUCGACGGCAAGCACGUAGUCUUCGGCGAGGUCGUCGAGGGCAUGGACGUCCUCAGGAACAUCGAGAAGGUGGGCUCCCGCAGUGGCAUGUGCGCCAAGUCCGUCAUCAUCGCCGACUCCGGCCAGCUCUGA